AUGCAAGACGCUUCAGAGGUGUCAAUUAUACCGCUACCAUCAGAUGUAGAGCUGCAGGGAGGGAGCGCGCUGCCCCUCGGAGACGAGCUGACCGUGGAGUUCGAUCACGACAGCCUCGCUCCGGUGGCACAGCAGCUGUGCGACUGGAUCCGCAGGCGCUGGGGCACAGCAUGCGCGGCGGCGCACAGCGGUACCGGUGGCGGCGGUGGCGGAGGCAUCACCGGCACCGCCGCCCACCCGCCGCUGCUGCACCGUGUCCUUAUGCGGCUGCAGGCAGGGCCAGCUGGGCCGAAUGAGGUGCCCAACGGCGCUGACGCAGAGGCGUACACGCUGGUGGUAUCGCCGUCGGCCCCAGGAGUCGCGAUCAUCACAGCUGCCACCCUGCAGGGCGCGAACCAUGGGGCGGGUGCGCUGGCCUUCUGGCUUGUGUC